AUGAACACUUCAACGGAGAUAAAUGACCUCUCAAAGCUCUCUACUCUUGUUGGGCCGACCGAGCCAUCCCUUUGGAAUAUCACACUCAGUCAGCUACUCAAGCAGCAAACAGAAACUACUCCUUCAGGUCAAUGUGUUGUCUUUCCUGAAGCUGGAUAUAGAGCAACAUACCAACAACUUUAUCAAAGUACACUUGCUGUCGCCAAAGGUCUGGUGGCAGCUGGAAUACGCCGUGGAGACAAUAUUGGAAUAUUCGCUGGCAACUGUCCUCCAUAUGUGGAGCUUUUCUUUGCUGCUUCACAUAUUGGUGCCGCUCUAGUAGUUCUAAAUUGCACCUACAACCCCUCGGAGCUUAGGUUUGCUUUGAAGCACUCAGGAUGCCGCCUGUUGUUUAUUAGUUCAAGGAUCGGGAGGAUAUCCAGCCAAGAGGUGCUAAAGAUGCUAGAAAGCGAAGAUAGUUGUGCGAGCCUAGUUGAGCUGCAGGAAGUAAUCCUUCUGCAGAAGAGCAGUCAAUGGGCCUUCCGUGAGUAUGCGGACUUGGUUCGUGGAGGUGAAGGGAUAAGCGAUAGUCAGAUUGCUACAAGAAUGUCUACGGUUGAGCCAAAUGAUAUGUGCAAUCUUCAGUUCACUAGUGGAACAACUGCUGCGCCAAAAGCAGCUAUGUUAACUCAUAACAAUCUUGUCAAUAAUGGUCGAUUUAUUGGAGAUCGGAUGAGAUUAUCUGAAGAAGAUAUCAUAUGCUGUCCGCCUCCUUUGUUUCAUUGCUUCGGCCUCGUUCUUGGACUGUUAGCAGCCCUGACCCAUGGAAGCAGCAUUGUUUUUCCUAGCGAGACAUUCCAAGCUCAAAAGGUCCUCCAAGCACUUUCAAAAGAACGUUGCACGGCUCUCCAUGGAGUUCCAGCGAUGUUUUCUGCAGAACUCGAGCUUUUACAGCCAGGUGCAGACCUUUCCAGGCUUCGCACUGGCAUUGCUGCAGGGGCUCCAGUUCCUCGGAAGAUGAUGUUGGACUUGCAAAAAACCUUUAAUAUGUCCGAGAUCACAAAUACAUAUGGUAUGACGGAGACAUCUCCCGCGAGCUUUAUGACAUUUACAGACGACCCGGUUGAGAAACGGUUAUCGACAGUCGGCAAGCUUCUUCCCCACAUGCGAGCAAAAAUAAUUGAUGCGAAUGGUGAGAUCGUGCCGACUGGAGCCAGAGGAGAGCUCUGCGUUGCGGGCUUUGCUCUGCAGCUUGGUUACUGGCGCAAUCCCCAAAAGACAGCUGAGGCGAUGCGGACUGAUCAGGAUGGAAUACGCUGGAUGCAUACAGGAGACGAAGCAGUAUUCGACAAUGAGGGUUACUGCCGCAUCACCGGGAGGAUAAAAGACAUUAUCAUUCGAGGCGGGGAGAAUAUUCUUCCCUUGGAAAUCGAAGAGCGACUCGUGCAACACCCUUCGAUUAUCCAAGCAAGCGUUAUUGGGAUUGCCGAUACGAAGUAUGGUGAGGCAGUGGGUGCAUUCCUCCAGCAUCGAACAACACAUGAACAGCCAUCACAAGAAGAACUGGCAAAAUUUGUAAGGGAGACGUUGGGCUGGCACAAAGCUCCUGUGCACGUAUUCUGGUUAAGCGUGGAUGAAGACUUCCCUAAGACUGGAAGCGGGAAGAUCAAGAAACAUGUCUUGAAGGAAAAGGGAGCUGAGCUUAUCAGGAAAGACAUGCGGUCAGCUAAACUCUAA